AUGCAGGAAACUGAAGUAACUCCUGCUGGAGUAUUUUUUUGGACUGAACCGUCAGACUGCAGCCAGAUUCGGAGGAAUCGUUGUAGGUUGAAAUGGUCGUGUUUCAGGUCGCCAAUGAAUCAUUCAGCCAUAGAGCCCCGCCAAAAUGCGUUAAAUCAUCGUCUUCAGUUCGAUCCCGCUUCAAAGCUCAACAAAAUUCAGUCUACAACAAUUCACGACUUUUCUCCGCUCUUCACUUCAGCUCAACCUUCCCAGGUCGACCUGAACUACACUACGGCUUCCAGCUCUAGCUUAAGUUCCGCCUCCGCCAACAUUCUACCUCGAGACUUUUCAGUCUUCACAACGGAUUCCCAAUCAUCAUGGCUUCCCUCCAGUUCACCCAGCCUGCCGGCACAACCCGCGCAACAGCCUCAGUUCAGCCCACCGGAACAGUCUCCCCAGCAGGACUUCGUCUUGUUCGAUCAGCCUCGUACCAGUCAACCUAGACACUUGGCAACCCAUACCGCCAUCGGUUUGAACCAACGUCGCCACUCGUCAUAUCAUCUCCGACAGAACCAACAAGGUCGCGUCCAUUUUCAACAGAAGCAUCGUCUUGCUCAGAUCCAAGCUUCCGGAUCUAAUUCCCGGUCACCUUCAGUGUGCUCCCCCGCUCAGUCAGCUCAAUUCUACGCUUCAUCCGCUCCGUCGUCUUCAGCUGCUCUGAACCGCCGUCAGCGUCCUCCUGUACCAUUGUUCGCUCAAAGUACUCAGGGCGUAACCAACAAGAUGGAUAUUCAAGACCUUGACCUUGACGACUUCACCGGCUUCGAGGGUGGUGCGUCUACCACCUACUCGUCGCCAGCCAUGCCCUCGGUCUUCGAUGUCGGUCCUAGCACCCUGGGCACCGUGUCUCCUCAUGACCUUCUCAUUCAGGAGCCCUUCAUGUCUGCUCCCAACUCAACAGCUUUGACCGCCUUGACAUCGCCUUCGAUCUACAAUGAGUCUCCUGACUUUAACGACGGUUACGAUGUUUCCCCCAGUUUUGACUCGGGCGACUUCGGGUCGGCAGAUUUUGACACCACUGCUGGUGAUCCUUGGUUUCCCCUCUUUCCCCAGGAAUCUACCGCUGUCACAAAGGACGUCACCGGUAUCGAGGAGAUCCAGAAACUGCAGACUGAUCAGUCUCCCGCUCUCAAAGGCGAUGAUCUGGAGGUGGUCGAGUUCACUUCAACCUCGGGCCGCCGGAAGUCUGUCAACUCUUCCCCAACUAGUUCUGCCCGCCACUCUUCAGUCUCGGGCGUGAGCUCUCGUCGACGAGACAAACCGCUGCCUCCUAUCAUUGUUGAGGAUCCUAGUGAUACCACUGCUAUGAAGCGUGCCCGCAACACACUCGCUGCACGCAAGUCUCGCGAGCGUAAGGCCCAGCGGUUUGAAGAUUUGGAAGAGAAGAUUCGUAAGCUUGAAGAGGAGCGUGACCACUGGAAGAGCAUUGCCCUUGGUCGAUCCUGA